AUUAAAUCUAACAUAGUGGAACAGAGACUGGCAUCUCUCAAGACACACUCAAAGACUUAAAGAAGAUCAUAUCAAAGAGACUAUUGUGGAUUAAUUGCUAUUCGAAUAUGAUGAAGCACACUUUUCAUGAAAGUUCUGAUUUAUAAAAACCCACAAGAGUCUAUCAUCAUCUUAAGCACAAAAUUAAGAAAUUUUGAGAUCAAGGAGAUGGAAAGGCUUAUGAUUUUGAGUGGUGUAGUAAUGCUUGUGGGGUUGUUUACCUCACAAUUAAGAGUAGCAUCAGCAAAGUGGGAGAAAGCUCAUGCAACUUUUUAUGGUGGAAGUGAUGCCUCAGGAACUAUGGGGGGUGCAUGUGGGUAUGGAGAUCUGUACACAGAUGGUUAUGGAAUAAAAACAACUGCUUUGAGUACUGCUUUGUUCAAGGAUGGAAAGUCAUGUGGUGGUUGCUAUCAGAUUGUUUGUGAUGCAAGUCAAGUGCCACAGUGGUGUCUUAGGGGAACUUCCAUAACAGUUACUGCCACAAAUUUCUGUCCCCCAAACUUUGAUCUUCCUAGUGACAAUGGUGGUUGGUGUAAUCCUCCUAGACCACAUUUUGACAUGUCUCAACCCGCUUUUGAGAUGAUCGCCAAAUAUAAAGCUGGGAUUGUUCCAAUCUUUUACAGAAAAGUUGGUUGCAAAAGAAGUGGAGGAAUCAGAUUUACAAUCAAUGGGAAAGACUAUUUUGAACUAGUGCUUAUAAGCAACAUAGGGGGACCAGGGGAUAUCUCAAAAGUUUGGAUCAAAGGGUCAAAAAUGAAGAAAUGGGAAACUAUGUCAAGGAAUUGGGGUGUUAACUGGCAAAGCUUAAGUUAUCUAAAUGGUCAAAGCUUGUCAUUCAGAGUCCAACUCAGUAAUGGAAAGACCCACACAGCUAUUAAUGUGGCACCGUCUGGUUGGAGUUUUGGCCAGUCUUUUAUCAGCAAGAUUCAGUUCUGAAUGAAACAAUGCUCAUAAAAUAAUAUUAUUCAGUGUAGAAGAAGGGUAGAGAUGUUACAAAUGAAUCACUAUUUUAGUUACCAAAUUUGUAUGGAUUGGACUAUUUAGUUCUUUGAGUUGAAGAAUGCAAUAAAUUUAGUCACUCUACCAACA